AGGAUCAAAGUCUACAGGUGACUGCAGACUGUCUCCUGAGUGCUUCCACACAGAUAGUGAAGCGGCGAAGAGAAAGAGCUUUGCAUACUGCUACACCACAAAGUCUUUGCAUAUCCUGUCUCUCUCUCCCUCUCUCUCUCUCUCUCUCUCUCUCUCCCUCUCUCUCUCUCUCUCUCUCUCUCCCUCUCUCUCGCUCUCUCUCUCUCUCCCAGGCUGUUGCCACUGACGGGAGGAGGGGAGGCAUCAGACCUUUACAACAAGACGUGGCUCCAUGUGGAUUAUUGCCAGAAAGAGAGACACGCUGUCAGUGCCGCUGCAGUUGUUGUUGGUUGACACGCGUCACGGCAGCGCAUUAUGGGCUGUUUGAAUGACAGCCAGCGGGGCGGAUCGGUUCCUCUUUGCUUCUGGCUGAGUUGCCAGUUCUGUUCGGCUCCUUCACUCCAUGACGACAUUUCUGAGCGUGAUUCAACUUAUUGCCAAUGAGCGCAAGUCGCAGCUUGUGUGAAGUCCAUUAUCAUCAUCAGCAGCAGCAGAAGAAGAAGAAGAAGAAGAAGAAGAAGAAGAAGAAGAAGAAGAAGAAGAAGAAGUCCUUUUAAGGAAUUUAUUGGGUUCCUGUUGCGCGGAGUCUGUCUUUCUUUGUAUAUCUGACCAGAGGAAGCGAUGACUUCGGUUUGGAAAAGACUGCAGCGCGUGGGUAAAAAAGCUUCAAAGUUUCAGUUCGUUGCCUCUUACCAGGAACUAGUGUUGGAGUGUACAAAGAAAUGGCAACCAGACAAGCUGAGGGUGGUGUGGACCAGGAGGAACAGACGCAUGUGCUCCAAGCUCCACAGUUGGCAGCCUGGGAUCAAAAACCCCUACAGGGGUAUGGUGGUGUGGCCGGUCCCAGAGAACAUCGACAUCUCUGUUACGCUCUUCAAGGAGGUCAAUGCUGAUGAGUUUGAGGACAAAGAGUGGACCUUUGUAAUUGAGGGUGAGACCAAGGGACAUCGCAAGGUGCUGGCAUCAGCAGACAUCAACCUGAAGCGGUUUGCCAGUCCGACGCCAACCCAGACCGACCUGACGCUGACGCUGAAGCCGCUGUCCGUCAAAGUGGUGGAGGCCACGCUCAAGCUGUCGCUGUCAUGCGUCUUCGUUCGCGAGGGGAAAGCCACUGAUGAAGACAUGCAGAGUCUGGCCAGCCUGAUGAGUGUCAAACCCGCAGAUAUCGGCAACAUGGACGACUUCAAUGAGAGCGACGAAGAGGAGGACAAGAAGUCUGUCACUGCUACAGUUGUUCCACACACUCUAAUUCGCCCGAAUCGCCCUGCUCCCCCUCCACCUGACAAGCGAGACUCCACUGGACCAUCUUUUCCAGUCUCAGCCUGUGGGCGUGAGGGCGGUCCUCCCAGUCCUGCCGUCCACUCCCGUCCUCCUCUACCUACUGCUCCUCGCCCAUCGCCCCGUCGCAGCCGACACCCCUUCACCACCCCCCCUGUUCAGUCAGAGAUCCAACCGUCCCCCGGCCCCUCCCCUCAGCCCUCACCCAGAUCCAAGCAUAAAAGAUCAUCAAACCCUCUUUUCCCUGAGGCUCUUGCAUCUUCUGACCCGCUACCUAAUCCUCCAAGCUCCCAGCUCCCAGCGGCUACUCCCUCAAACCAAAGUGCCUCCUCUGUCCUGCCUCUCUCCGAUGUGUCUCCUGCAAAUUCUCCAUCCCCAAAGUCCUUCACCGCACCCAUAAUCACACCUUCAACCCAAAACAUUUCCUCUUCCAUUCAUCCUCCAUCUCCCAAAUGCUCAGUGAAGCCUUCUUUAGCAGUGCCGUCGGUUCCCCUAAAUCCUUCUUCAAAUACCCUCUCUAAACUGCCUUUUAAACCGCCCAGUAGCUCCGAAGCUGGCAUCACCUCAUUACCUCCAAAACUUCCCUCCCCUGCAUUGUCAUCACUCAAGACUAUCAUAACUUCUUCCUCCCCGGCUCCCCAAAUGUCUUCUGUCACUGUAUCCACGGCUAUAAGCCAUCCGACGAUCUCCACUGGCUCCCAGCCUCUCCCACCUAAAUCCUCCUCUGCCUCUAAGCCCACCCUGACUCCAUCCGCUCACCCUCCACUCGCCCGGACCCUCUCUCAGCCUCCCUCUUUGCCCAGAAUCUUCCAGUCGUGCUCAGGAAAAGUUCCUAUUUCACAUCAAUGGCGCCCCCUUGAGGAUCAAACUCCUGACGCUCUUACUUCAGUCUCUGGCCGUGCUCACAUUUUCAGACCUCAGAUUGUCAACUCAAUCAUCCGCCCGUCUUCUCCAUCUCCCUUUUCUACUGAUGCACCUCCUCUUGAGUCAGCUCCACUCCCCAAAACUCACCCCAGUAUCGUAGAGUCAGGUGCUCGGGGGACAUGGUUGACAUCUGGUGGCGACAUCCCCCCUGUCCCCCUGCUGAGUAGUCCUGACCUUGAUGCCCUCUGUGACCCCGCAGCUCCAGCCCUCACUGCCUCCCUUCCAUUCUCCUCACCCCCUCGCUCCUCUUCUCUUUCCACCUCAGUUGUAUUCUCCUCUCCUCACCCUCUGCUUGCUGCAUCUCCUUCUGCUCCUUCCGCUCCGAUCAGCUCCUGUCAGUCAGGCUCAACUUUCCCCCUCACUCAAGUAGACGAGGAAACAACUCCGAGCCCUCCGAGCCGGGAUAAGGGUUCUCCUCAAAAUAACCGGGCAGUGGCCAACAUCAGAGUAUCCAACCAGCAAAUCAGACCUGCCCAGGAUUCAAAGGAGGCCAUCAAAGAUGCACCAGCAAGUAUCAGCUCACAAAGAGAAGAUGCUGCUGAGGUGGACACCCCUGUCAGUCAGGAGCACCAACCAACAGCAGUAAAAGACUCAGCAACACAUCACAUAACCCCGACUCCGGCUGAACCCGGCGCACCACCAGUUAUAGAAGAGCCCAAAGAGCCAGAGGGACCCAGCAUUGAACCAGAAACCUCACCCAAUAUUUCCCCCAAAACAACCAUCGAGAGCACAGCUUUGGCGCUAGAGCCGCUGCUUCCCUCAAAACCAGAACCAGGACUGCGGCCGGAACAAGUUCUCCAGCCAUCAGGAAAACCACAACAGGAGGGAGCAGUUGAGGAGAAACCAGCUGAGGUCGAGACUGGUGGUCAGGAGAGUUUCACCAACAAUGAGGAGCCAGUGUGCGAUGCAGAAAAGCAGCUGUGGGCGACAGUAGAGGAGAACACACCAGAGACAGGAGCGGAAAAACGGAUGGAAAGUAGUGAGAGCACUGACGAAAAGGAGAAGCAUGAGGAGGGUGGUGAAACAGGGGGUACUCAGAAGUGUGCACACACAGAGGCAGAUGUGUGUGUUACAGAGCAGCAGUUGGAGCCGCCUGCUGGCUUCAUGUCAGCAGUAGUUGGGGUGUUGUACAAAGGCUAUGAGACAGUGACCUCCAUCCUGCAGACAACUGGACCUACUGAUGCAAGUCAUGCGCACCGCUCUGCAGGCCAACCUUGCAUCCUUAUAAGUAAUGAAGAUCAGCCACCUUUACAUGGAGGAGAUGCACAGACUCUGCACUCCGCUGAGCCAGAUGACCACCCACUGGUUCCCAUUGGCGUGGACAUUUCUCCACCCACAGCCUUCUCUGAUACGACAGAAAACCAGAUCAUUAGUAAACAGACUGGAUUGACUCAGAAACUUUCACAUGGGUUAAGUCUGGUGGCAAGUCUUAGACUGGCUGCUAGUGAGCAGGAGAAGGAGAGAGAUCAGGAGAGAAUAGAAAGCAUGAAGAGGGAGGAGAGAGAAGAGGUAGAGAGGUUGGAAAAGGAGAGGGAAGAGAUGGAGAGUGAAAGGGAGGAAAACGAGAGGGAAGCGCUGGAGAACACUCAAAAGGUAGAGAGGGAAAGGGCAGCGAAAGAAAGGAAGCAGCAUAUUGAGGAUGCAAAUAAGAAGAGGAAGAGGGAGAUGGAAAGGGAAAAGAAGAACAUGGUAGUGGAGGAUGGUGUGAAGCAAAGGGAAGAGGAUAGCAGCCAGAAACAGAUUUCUGGCUCUAUGUCACUGCAAGAAGUCAUGAACAACCAAUCAAAAAACUGGCCUCCUCUAAGGGAAGUGGCAUUGGAUGAUAUUGCUGUUGAUGAAAUGUUGCAGGUUGAUGAAGAACAGCCAGAAAACAAGUCUGAUCCCAAAUUCGUGAAAACUAAUAGUGUCCAACUGGUUUCAACCGGACCUGCUGAUUCUGUCCUUGUACCCAGAUCAACAAACCAAUUCGACUCCCAAUCAGUCAAAUCCGAGGACUCCGUAACUACUGUUAAGAAAGCCCUGGAUAAUACUGUUCUGAGAUCAGUUCAAAAAGGCAACUCCAACCUGAAAUCUGGUGCCAUCCCAGUGUGGUUGAGAGAGGAGGACGAGGAGGACAAGGAUAACGAGGAGGUGGAGUAUGAGAGGGGACAGGAAGAUCUCGGCUCCGUCUGGCUGGCUGAGCUGUACAUGGAAGGGGAAGCAGGCCCAGGCCGCACAUCACUUGCUGUUACCCAGAUGCCCCCCUUACUCUCUUCCAGUGGACAAACCUCUUACCACAGCUCCUCUACCAGUCACCCAAAUACACCUGAACAGUCUCUAACCAGUCUGGCAGACCAUCCUAAUCUCAAACCUCUUUCUGGGUCCAAUCAAGAGGAGGGAAACGGUCAGAAAACUAGAGCCAAAUCUGCUCCCCAAUAUAGUGAAGCUCAAAAAACGCAAAUAAAAGAACAGAGAAAUGAUGAUGCCACAAACACUGGCCACAGCCUGGAGGUAGCAGCCAAUGUGGUGGAAGAACUUGUUCAAUCAUCUGUGGUGCCUUGGCCACUUCCUCUGACCACAACCACUGCCAGCAUGCACUUAAUCACCAAGAUGCACACAGGAACAAACGGCAGUAAGAUCAUCGAUGGGGUAAACAUUUCCAAAAGAGCGACAGAGGAACCCAAGAAUCUUGAAAUGAGGGAUGAUGAAGAAAACAAGGACACACACACCACACAGAGUGACAGUCUUCAAGUGAACAUCCCCCACACACAAACACACACCCCUGAUCUCAACCAACAAACCAAAGACCGACAGCUCCAAGAGGAGGAGAGGCUGUUGUUGGCUAAAAUCCAUCUGAUGACAGGUGACUCGUCCCCUGUCUCUGGCCCUCGCAGUAUGAAGCUCCUCAUCCCCGACCCCUGUGAUAUUGACUGUGACACCACAGAGCUUGUUGAUCACGGUCAGUCCUGCUGUGAUGCCCUGCAGGAAAUAUCACUAACUGAGGCAGAGGAGCCAUCGGCCAAUGAGCUGGAGCAAAAUCAAGAAGGGGAGGAGGAUGUGCUAAAAGGCCAAUGUGCUGACCUCCCUGAUGGUGGAGAGAAAAAAACGCCAUCACAGCUUGGAGACGCCGCCAGCAGACACGCCAGUGAUGAGCGCUCUGACGCACACAUCACUCCUCCCCAUCAGAUUACCACAUCUCGGCUUCCUACGUUACCAGAAGAAGAAACUUCUGACCCUAAGUCCCUUCGGCCUGCACCAAUGGUCCGAGAAGAGGCUGACGGGAAGGACGAUGCAGCCAAGGGCCUGGUGACCUCCAGCCAGUCGUUGCUCCAGUGGUGUCAGGACAUCACCAACGGGUACCGGGGGGUAAAGGUCACCAACUUCAGCACAUCCUGGAGAAAUGGUCUGGCCUUCUGUGCCAUCCUACAUAAUUUCCAUCCAGACAACAUAGAUUUUGACCAGUUGGACUCUCAUGACAUCAAGCUGAACAACAAGAAGGCGUUUGACGGUUUCGAGGCGCUGAGCAUUUCUCGCCUGUUGGAGCCGUCCGACAUGGUUCUCCUGUCUGUCCCCGACAGGCUCAUAGUCAUGACCUACCUCAGCCAGAUCCGCUCACACUUCACCAACCAGGAGCUGAGCGUGCUGCAGAUAGAGCACAACAGCAGCCAGUCCAGCUACGGCCUCGCCCUCUCCGGCCCCGGUCCCACUGACGUGGAUGCUGCUGCUUUCUGCAUGGCCAGACUGAACGAAGGAGUGAGCUUAGAGGAAGGAAGGAGCAGCACGCUGGUCGUCCCACCACCGAGGACCAAACGACUGGUGAAAGUGGACGAGUCAAUCACCCCAGUCCCACCACCAAGGUCGGUUACCAAAGGAGUCAAAUCUGGACCAACUCAGGAUGAAGACACAAAGACAGGAAUCACUAAUAAUACAGGGUUGCAGAGUACAGUUGUGACCCAGCCUCCCAAACAAGAAGAGGAAACAAUGUGUCUGCAGGACACCAGUCAGUAUGUGCUGAGUGAGCUGGCAGCGUUGGAGUCGGAGCAGAAGCACGUCGACAGCAGAGCCGCUGUGGUGGAGAGACGACUGCGAAGCCUCAUGGAAACAGGAAGCGACCGUAAUGAAGAAGAAAGGCUGAUCCAGGAGUGGUUCACUCUGGUGAACAAGAAGAACGCUUUGAUACGCAGACAGGACAAUCUGGAGCUGCUACAAGAGGAGCAAGAUCUGGAGAGGAGGUUUGAGCUCCUGAACAGGGAACUUCGGGUGAUGAUGGCCAUAGAAGACUGGCAGAAGUCAUCCACACAGCAGCAGAGGGAGCAGCUGCUCCUCCAAGAGCUGGUGUCUUUGGUCAACCAGCGGGACGAGAUCAUCAGGGACAUUGACGCCAAGGAGAGAGGGGCAAUGGAGGAGGAUGAGCGUCUAGAGCGCGGCCUGGAGAUGAGGAGGCAAAAAUAUAAUAACAAAGAUAAAUGUGUCCUACAGUGAGAUGAGAGGUCACACGCAAACACACACACACACACACACACACAUACACACACACACACACACACACACACACACACACACACACACUGCUUUUAUUUGCAAAAGAUGACCUUUCAGGACUUUUGGAGGUCCAUAUUUCAGGUUUAUGAGUGCCUUUAUUUUCCUGAAGAACUGUUGAAACCCAUUAAGAGGGGCUUUUCUAUGAAAGUGUUUUCUUGAAAAUGAAUAACUGUUAUGUCAAAGUUUCCAUCCGUCUUAAGUAUUAUUUUUGAUUCAGUUCACAUAUUCUUAUUUAUUUAAAUAAUGUGUCCGGUUGUUUUUUGUGUGUAUUCAUGUGUGAGUUUGUUUAGUAUUUGAACACUGGCUUUUUCUCUUCUUUUUUAAAAAUUAAGAACAGGUUCCCCUUCUUGACACGACUAGAGCUUGUCAGAAUCUGCUGGAUUAAAACCAUAAUGUGCCUUGUCCUUUCCUUUCAUAACAUGCCAAAACACAUUAGGUAUAACAAUUUAAAAUAUGAAACAUGAGCUGGACUCAAACUCACAAUAUUGAGAGUACGGGGUACAUGUUUUAAACUUAAAGAUAAUCCCCAACAUGACAUUUUUAUAAACCAAAAAAGCAAUAUUGAUUGUUUUAUAUGUUGAAAGUGUUCUUCAUUUUAAGGAGUUAUUCAAUCUUGUGUGCAAACAAACCCUGAACGCCUUAAAUAAUGUGUGGCUGUGAUGUUCAUGCCUGCUUGAAUCACAGAAAUGAAGCGGUUUCCUCUCCUCUGUGUCCUUGUACUACUGUAAGCAUGUUGUUUUAUGUGCACUGAUAAAGUGGUUCUCUCCUAUGUAUUACUACUGUAUACUAUCACACGCUGUGUACCUGAUGCUGUCUAUAUUAAUGAGUUGAAAAUAUGAUGAUUGAUAUUGAUAAAUAUGUUGAAGAAACUAUUACUAAAA